GUGCGUGCGUGCGCGUAUAUGUGUGGAUGGCGCGCCGGCGUGAGCUAGCAUUUCCUUAUCCGCCGGCCGACGACGUGACCACGACGUCGCUGCCGACGCCGCCGCUCAGCACGACGACGACGAGGACGACGACCGCGACCGCAGACGACCCGACCAUAUUAUUGCUAUCAUUAUUAUGAUUAUUUCUACUAUUAUUUAUUUAUUAAUGCGAUAACGAUUCUGGCCGGUUACAUUCGCGCAAAAAACCGCUCCCGAUCGCCGUCGGUCAUCGUCGUUUGUGUGUUUUUUCCUAAUCACCAUCAUUUUCAUCGGUGACGGCUACCUAUCUACCCACAUACAGCCAAUUUAUUUUCCGCUUCCACCGCCGCCAGAAGAGGAUUUUCGACUUCCCCAAAGACUGAUGCUCGAGUCACUCACAUACCUAACUACAGCACGCCGCCACCAGGUGCCUUCUCCGUCUUCUAUCGCAGCCAUCGUCUAUUAGCUACCUACUGCGGUGCGAGUCGUUAUUAUACCUACAUCAAUUUACUCAAGUAAUCGUCCCAUGGUCACAGCUAUGUCAGGUGCGAACGGCGAACACUACACACUGGAGAAGCACACCGUCCCAAUCCGCAAUAAGUCCUCUCUAUAUACACAUGAGUAUAGAUAAUAAGCGGUAGCAGGUCGUCGUCAGCUGACUGCAGCCAUCUCACUAGUCAACCAUAUCAAUUGAUAUUUCCUGUUUAGAAGUUUCCUAAAAGCCGUUUGAAUGCAAGUUGCAACGGUAAUGCAUCCCAUGCAACAUGCUGGAGGAGUGGCAACAUAUUAUGCUACUCCUAGGCCAACUCACCCACACUACUCAAGUGUAAACUACCACGAUUACAACGCAUCCUAUUCCAAGCGCGCGCAGUUGGGUUGCGGUUACAACACUACCGGCGGUAACCAAGGUUUGACCAACACGACCUUUGGUGGAAAAUCGGGCACGGUACCUGGCCAUCACAGUGGCCCGCCCGGUAUGACCGGCAACUAUGCUAGUGGCGCCCCUACACAGUACCAUCACAGAGCGACGGCCGGUUGGAACUCGGCGCCCUUACCUGCCCAACAGUAUCGAUACGGAACCGGUCCAGUAACGCAGACCACCAUGUCGCCGUACACGUCCUACAACCCCAAUCCGACCACCUACACCAACAACAGCAACAACAGAAUACCUACGGCCUCGUCGCCAGCCAACACCAACAGCAGCUCGAGCUCUAACACCAACGGCGGUGCGUCGUUGCAAUCGUCCAACCAGCCGACCACCAGUUCACCGUCGUCGGAAUGUCAAUCGGCCCCACCGGCACAGCAGUUGUCCAAGACCAACCUUUACAUACGCGGAUUGAACCAAAACACAAUGGACAAGGAUUUGAUCACCAUGUGUUCGCAAUACGGCAACAUCGUUUCAACUAAAGCAAUAUUGGACAAGAACACCAACAAGUGUUACGGAUUUGUCGACUUCGAGUCGGGCUCGUGCGCUGACGCCGCGGUCAAAGGUCUACAAGCAAAAGGUGUCCAAGCCCAAAUGGCUAAAGUGGGUAUUCCAGUUCAACGUAGAGCGGCCACUCAGCAAGAACAAGAUCCAACCAACUUGUAUAUAGCCAACUUGCCACCGAAUUUCAAAGAGAACGAUUUGGAUACGCUAUUAUCAAAGUUUGGUCAGGUAGUAUCUACUAGGAUUUUACGUGACACAAAUAUGGUCAGCAAAGGAGUCGGAUUUGCUAGAAUGGACUCUAAAGAAAAAUGUGAACAAAUCAUUCAAAUGUUCAAUGGCAAUCCGUUGCCGGGAUCUAAAGAACCGUUGCUUGUCAAGUUCGCCGACAGUGGUCAAAAGAAGAGAAACCCUAGCUACAGAUCAGACUCUCGUUUGUGGAGAGAGUCGGAGAAUGGCGGAUGUGUGCGAUUUCCGGUACAGCACUAUAUGUUGCAGGGCUCACACGUCGGGUACGAAGCGGCCCACAACGGUCUGACCGGGGCAGCCGGCUCGCACGUCAUACCGGCCACCGCGCUUGCGCAGUACGUCGGCCGGCACUACACCACGCAGGCGUUGCCUGCCCACGGAUACUCGAUCCCGGCGUCCACGUGGCUUCCGCAAUACGUGAUGCAGCCCGCGCCGCCACACCAUCUGGCCCAGAUAGACACUCCUGUAUGUUGUCAGAUGAUUCAGCAAGCUGAUCCUGGAUCCGUUCAAUACGGUUCAGUUAUACCGCAACUCGCCACACAUAUGUCUGCUUUACAGAUCGGAAAUGGAUCAUAUCCAUGUUUUAGUACGUGGCCGGCCCACACCCAGGUUAUCCGUACUACACCAGCACUGCACCAAACAUAAUUCACACGGUUCCAAUUCCAUCUGAAGAACAUCCAUCGACAGCGGCGUCACCCGAUGACUCCUAUCAACAUUACUCGCACAAAUAAACAAAAAAAAUGUAUCAUGCAAAACCAACCAAAAUCGAUAAAAUAUAGUAGGUAACGCCCGUCCCUUUUCCCAACGCACCCCAAGCUGUUUAAUUUUUGUUUAAAUGUUUUUUUUUUUUUUUUAAUUAGUUAUCUUGGCCAUUUCAAAAUUUAGUUAAAUUUGUUUAGUACUAAAAAUAAGAAAAGCUUGGUAAAUAAUUAACCAGAAAAUGUAUAAAAGAAUAUUAGAAACUAUUAGUCAACCUGUUGAACUCCGUUGGGCAAAAUGCUUUUCAAAACACCGUUAUCAGCGCAGAUUAACAGGUUAACGGUAUAUUUUAGACAAACAUAAAUUUUAGUUCAAUGCAAAUUUAGCUCAAUUGUGGUUUUGCGUAGAGUAAUUAUUUAUAAUUCAUUAUUGUAGUAGGCACUUGUUUCAUUUGUCAUUCCCUCCAAACAAGUCUUCCAAGUCUUGUUUUGUAAAUUCCAAAUUGAUUGUGUCAGCCGAUGCUAUUUGUUUUUUCCGGACCCUUGACAACAUGUCGUUUAUUUUGACAUGGUAAUGGUUAUAAACAACGCGUGUUAUCGUUUUUUUUUUCAUUUCAUCAAGUUCAGUUAUUUUUACUGAAAAAACAUUAAAUUCAUUUUAAUCGCUUCACUGUAUAGACGUAAAAUCGUAAAAACGGUUUUAUGUCUAAAUUGUGCAGUUUUUACUAAUUGAUUUUUAGAGUUAUUACAGUAACAUUUACUGAACGUUAUAUUUUUAUAAUGAAACGAGAAUACGUGUCAUUAUUAUAUUAAAAACGAAUAUCGAAAAAGUUAAUAGCAGAUUCAUACGGUCCAAAAAAAUAUGUACUUAUUAAUAAACUUGUUAAAUUUGACAUUCGGCAUAAUGCCGACUAAAUGUACAGCAAUAAGUUUUAAAAAAACAUAUAAAACAACAUUCAAUAAUGUCCAUAAUUUUGGUCCUCAGAAUAUUUGUUUUUGUAAAUUUUAAAUUAUUUUUUGUUUAAUACAUGUCCACUAAAGUUAUUAUUUAUUUUUUUGUUACGUUGAAAUUAAUUUUUCGAUUUUUAAAAAAAUUGUGUAUAAAGUUAAAAGUGUUUUGAGUUAUAAUUUUGUUCGUCAUAUGAGAUACCGUUUAUUUCUUGAAAUUUGAAAUUUAUGUUUAUUUUAAGGGUC